AUGGGAAACUAUGCAUCAGCAUGCAACAUGAUCAUGAUCACACCAAUGAUGAAAAGCACCAAAUCCGCAAGAGUAAUAUUCCCAUCAGGCGAGAUUCGACAGUUUCGAGAGCCCGUUAAGGCGGCCGAGAUCAUGUUGGAGAGCCCAAGUUUCUUCUUGGUCAACUCAAAGUCUCUAAACAUCAACCGUAGGUUUUCGGCCCUUUCGGCCGAUGAAGAGUUGGAGCCGGGGAAUGUUUAUAUCAUGUUUCCGAUGAGGCGGGUGAAUUCGAUGGUUACUCCGGCAGAUAUGGCAGUUUUUUGGAUGGCUGGGAAUAGUGCGGGGAAGCGGAUUUCCGGGAGGAUAUCGCCGGAGAUGAGUCGGGUGAGUGUUGGUGGUGGUGGAGAGACGGUGGUGGAGCAGCCGCGGUUGGCGGUGGAGGUGCCGGAGUUUAGUUAUAGGAUGGUGGUUUGUAGGUCAAAGAAGCCGGUUUUGGAUACCAUUACGGAGGAACCGGUUUGCUAA